AGGAUGGCAGAAGAAACAUCUUCAGACCCAUUUUCCACUGCUACCAGCCCCUCCAGACCCUCAUCGAGAGGCAGGGGAGGGAGGAGAAUUGACCCAAUCACAUCAAGUCCAGGUCGUGAUCUUCCUCCGUUCGAGGAUGAGUCCGAACUCCUGGGAGAUCCAGCUGGAGAGGAAGAAGAACAAGAUGGAGAGGAACUCUUUGGUGAUCAACUUGAACAAGACUAUCGAGCGAUACCAGCACUGGAUGUGUAUGAUCAGGAUGGCAUGGACGAUGAAGGAGACUUUUCAGAUUUGUCCGAAACAGCCAGGCAUGCUGCGGAACGAGAGAUGCGUCAGAGGGAGCGAGAGGAAGGAAUUCUUACAGGUCGCAUGAGGAGAGGUUUAAUGUAUGAAGAGUCUGAUGAGGAGGAUGAAGCAGCUCCUCGAAAGAGACGAAGAGCUGAGCGAGCUGCAGAAGGGGAAAUGGAGGACGAUGAGAUGAUUGAAAGUAUUGAGAACCUUGAAGACAUGAAAGGACACACCGUCAGAGAAUGGGUAUCUAUGUUAGGACCCAAGACAGAAAUCAAAAACCGAUUUAAGAACUUUCUGCGGACGUUUGUCGACUCAAAGGGGCAUAAUGUGUACAGAGAAAAAAUACGACAAAUGGUUGAAGCCAACAGAGAAAGUCUCAUCAUUGACUAUAACAUGUUAGCUUCGGUAGAACAAGUGUUGGCCUAUUUCUUGCCAGAGGCACCAACAGAAAUGUUACAGAACUUUGACGAGGCUGCAAAGGAAGUGGUGUUAAGCAUGUACCCCAAUUAUGAGAAGAUCGUCAAAGAGAUCCAUGUACGGAUUGGGGAGUUGCCUUUGAUAGAAGAACUUCGUUCUUUACGUCAACUUCAUUUGAACCAGCUGAUCAGAACUAGUGGUGUUGUGACAAGCUCUACUGGUGUGCUUCCUCAGCUGAGUGUCAUCAAAUAUGAUUGUAACAAAUGUAACUUUAUCCUUGGUCCAUUUUACCAGUCUCAAAACAAUGAGGUGAAACCAGGAUCGUGUCCGGAGUGUCAGUCCACAGGACCGUUUGAAAUCAAUAUGGAACAGACCAUUUACAAAAAUUAUCAGAGAAUCACAUUACAAGAAAGUCCAGGGAAGGUUCCUGCAGGACGAUUACCACGGUCUAAGGAUGCCAUUUUACUUGACGAUCAAGUAGACAUGUGUAAACCUGGCGAUGAAAUAGAACUGACAGGUAUCUAUCACAAUAAUUAUGAUGGGUCUCUCAACAUUGCCAACGGUUUCCCAGUAUUUGCCACAGUUAUUCAAGCCAACCACAUCACAAAGAAAGAUGACAAAAUGGCUGCAAGCUGCUUGACAGAUGAAGACAUCAAAGCCAUCAUUCAGUUAUCUAAAGAUGAAAGAAUUGGAGAACGGAUCUUUGCAAGUAUGGCGCCAUCCAUAUAUGGUCAUGAAGAUAUUAAGCGUGCACUGGCUCUUUCUAUAUUUGGUGGAGAACCUAAAAACCCUGGUGGUAAACAUAAAGUGCGAGGUGACAUUAAUGUUUUAUGCUGUGGAGACCCUGGCACAGCCAAAUCCCAGUUUCUGAAAUAUGUGGAGAAGACGGCACCACGGGUAGUGUUUACAACUGGUCAAGGUGCCUCAGCUGUCGGUUUGACAGCUUAUGUCCAGAGAAACCCAAUUUCCAAAGAAUGGACUUUAGAGGCAGGAGCUCUAGUGCUGGCAGACAAAGGAAUAUGUGUGAUUGAUGAGUUUGAUAAGAUGAAUGAUGCUGAUAGAACAAGUAUACAUGAAGCCAUGGAACAGCAGACCAUCUCCAUUUCCAAGGCUGGUAUAGUAACCUCCCUUCAGGCCAGGUGUGCUGUGAUAGCAGCAGCCAACCCUAUUGGUGGUCGAUAUGACCCUUCACUCACAUUUUCGGAGAAUGUUGAUCUGACAGAACCAAUUGUGUCCCGAUUUGAUAUUUUGUGUGUGGUGAGGGAUACUGUGGAUCCGAUCCAAGAUGAGAGACUUGCCAGGUUUGUUACCGGUAGCCACAUGAAACACCACCCAGAUGCUGGCGAGACACAGGCAGAUGAAAAUCUGAACAUGCUGAACACAAGUUCCUCUGUGGAGCCAAUUCCUCAGGAACUGCUUAGGAAAUAUAUAACCUACUGCAAGGAGAAGGUUCAUCCCAAACUUCACCAGAUGGACCAAGAUAAAAUAGCCAAGAUGUAUGCAGAACUCAGAAGGGAGUCCAUGUCUACGGGAAGUAUUCCCAUCACAGUUCGUCACAUAGAGUCCAUGAUCAGAAUGGCUGAGGGUCAUGCCAAAAUGCAUCUCCGAGAUUAUGUCAACGAAGAUGAUGUAAACAUGGCAAUCCGAAUCAUGUUGGAGAGUUUCAUCAGUACCCAGAAAUUCAGCAUCACCAGGACCAUGAGGAAGACAUUCAGUCGCUACCUUGCCUUCAGAAAGGACAACAAUGAGCUCCUUCUCUUCAUUCUCACUCAGCUGGCUGCUGACCAGAUGUCAUUUAACAGGAAUAGGUUUGGUAUGGAGCAAGAGUCAAUUGAAAUCUCAGAGAAAGAUCUUCAGGAUAAGGCUCGACAGAUUAACAUCAGCAACCUGGCAUCCUUUUAUGACAGUGACAUCUUCAAAUCGAACCGAUUCUCUCGUGACUCCAAGAGGAAAGUGAUCAUUCAAAGUGUGUGAAAUGAUGAAAGAAUUAUGACCUUGUUAAUAAAGAACAAAUAAUUUAAUGUGCUCCUACUGGACAGCCUUCCUCUCCAGACUGUUCAGUACAGACUGAAUAAUUCUGAAAUCGAAAUUAGGUCUGAAUUUAGGAUAAGCUGACUCGAUAAAGGUCUCACCAAGGAAUUGUGCUAAAAUACAAACACAAAAUGGACCAUACUAUAUUCCUGAUACUGAGCUUUCUCUGCAUUAGAAUGCAGUAUUGGAAAUUGGAAAAAUCUGAGUAUUCCUGCACAUCUAAAUUUAGGAUGCCCUGGGUACAGGUUUAGUUUGUUUACAUUGUGCUUAUAACAAAUAUGAAGUAUCCAUUCUGUCCAUGGACCUUGGUAUGUUCCUGAAACUGAACACACAACCAAUUUAAGUUCUGGUAAAAAGUUAAAAAGAUUGUUCAGGAUUUCAAAUACUUGUACAUUACAGAAAUGUACAUCAAACUGUGAUUGUGUAAAUAAUUUAUACAUUGAUGAUAUUUUUGUUGUAUAUCUUUAUCAUAAUGUUAUUCGGCAUGUGCUAUUUGAUCCUAAAUUGUCAUCAAUCAAGUAUGUAAAAAAGAAUUUUGAAUUGACAUGUACAUUUAAUAUUUUUAUGUUAAAUAUCUUUGUCUGAAGGAUAGAAUAAG